AUGCAGGACAUCAAAGAUGACUUGCCACUGGCCAUGGUCAUGGCUGCCUUAUUCGGCGUGUCGUGGUACGUUGGCAUCGAGAUCAACGUGUCCUUGUUUCUCCUGUUCAAGCGGAAGCGCGGGCUAUACUUUUGGUCCUGUGCGAUCGCAUCCUGGGGCGUUAUUUUGCAGCCCUUGUUUAUGCUGCUCGCAGACUUUGGCAUCUGGACAGACCUGGUCCCGUCCGUCGUCAUGAUCUACCUGACCUGGUUCAUCAUGGUCAUCCCCCAGAGCUGGGUCCUAUAUUCACGACUGCAUCUGCUCAUGCGCCACACCAAAACACUGCAAAUCAUAAAAUACGUACUCAUUUUCAACUCGGUCGUCUUUGCCCUGCCGACCAUGAUCAUUGGCACCCUUGCUCAAGCUACCGAUGUGAAUCCAUUCCUCCGAUCAUUCAACUUGAAAUGGGAUCGAACGCAGCUCAUCAUCUACUUUGUGCAAGAAACCGCCCUCAGCAUACUCUACCUCUUCCAGACCUACCAACAUUUAAAGGACACCCUUCCCCUCCAGCAGACCUUCUGGUCACUGUCCUCGUCUUCAACAAGAGGCGACUCAAAGUCCAAAGAGCGAUUUUCAGUCCUUCGCCACCUCGCCUACGCCAACAUUCUCAUCAUUAUUCUCGACAUUACGCUGCUCGCAGUUCAGUGCGCCAAUCUGUUCUACUUGCAGGCUGCUCUGAAGCCGUGCGUCUACGGCAUCAAGCUCAAGAUUGAGUUUGCCAUUCUCAACCGCCUGAUCCGCCUCGUCCAGCGCCAGCAACCGAGCCCGCAGGGCGCAUACUGCGCAAGCGCGCCCGAACAACAGGAUCCAUUCGACAGCGCGGUGCUGUACUAUGAGAGAAAUGGGCGAGACGAAACGAUGGUCGACUUUAGCGAGCAGACAUCAAAAGCGCCAGUGCCAUCAUCGCGAACGGUUCCAUGA